CGACAGCGGAUUCUGGUGGCCAGCACGCUCACGACGACUCUUUGGACUUCACUCCUGAAGCCAGACCGUCUGUAAUAGAGGUCCCUUCCCGCGCUCAGGAUCCAGCAAUUGCUCCUAUCAAUGCUCCGGCGGCGGAUCCAGUCCUGGAAAAAUACUGCUCUCAGCUGCUCAGCAAAUGCAGGGAGCUCCCGCCUGGGCUGCCCUUGAGCGAGGAUUCACAAGGACAGGCAGCUUUCUGUGUUCCCGCAGUCUCCUUUCCGAGCGGUGAAAUUGACUGGACGCGCUUUGAGUUUCCUGGUCUGAAGAUGAUCACGUUAAGGGAGAGCGGAUCGGGUGCAGUCUGGUGGUGUUCCUGCUCCGACGACCUUGUCUUACAAAGGAGUUUGUUCGAGGGCUUGUCCAAAACAGCAAUGGACCGCACCUUUCUGGCUGGCCUUGUUGGCCAAUGCUAUCAUCUAAAAGUCCUCCUGCGUAUCGGAAGCACGCUUGGGCUGCAAAUAGAGGAUCUGUGCAGGAGGCAAGUGGUGAUUCCCCCAGCGGUACGGGUGGCAGAACUGGAGAUCGACUCUGAAGCUGACGGGGAGCGACUGGUUAUUGUUACAAGCGUGCCUUUGCCCUGGUCAGGAAAGGAUGGUCUUCCCAUAGUCUUGGUUGGCUGCGCCAGUAGGGGUUACGCGGUAGUCCGCCAGACCACCCGGGGAACUUGGGCUUGCACCACUUGUUCCGGCAGUGGUCGGAUAAAGUGCUGGCAUGUCCAAGCUCAGGUUGAGGAAGUCGCCACUGGUUCAGUUCCUUCAAGCAGGCCCGGUCUUACUGCCGCAGAGUUUGAGGAGCGCCUCAGGCGAGCUCUAGACCUCAGCACAGGGAUGAGGCGCUUGACGUGUUUGAGUAGGGUGCAGAUUCCAGAGCCUCACUUGAUCGGGCCAGAGUUGGCAGAUGUACUGAAACGAAGAGGCGCUCUCGAUCUCCGGUUCCCGCUCAGAUGCUCCAUCAGAUCAGAACUGCGGGGGGCUCAAUGUGGUUGUGGUCGGUCUUGGGAGGAAGCAGAGAAGAAGUGGGUGCCAGGUACAAUUUUCCAUCUCACUGCCCCUGUAACAACCGAGGUGGAGGAGUGGACGUGUCCAUGCGGUGGCAAGAAGCAUUACGACGGCGCCUCGGAAGGUCUCCUCAACUUCAGCAAUGUCUACCUCUUCAGCUACGAGUUGCUGAAUUGGUACUCUCAUCAGUUCUGGAGGACCAAGCUGCCCUUUUUCUCGAUGUGGAGUACGCAAGUAUCCAUGUACGCGGGGAUUGGGCUAUCUCCGGACCUCGUGAAGAGGUACGCCAACAUGCGCGCUAAAUUCCAAGAUGCCUGGCUCGACUACAUCAGCCUCCAACGGAUUGACUACAGGACGUCCUACAGCUGCAAGUGCCGAAGAGAUAUCGACUGUGGUCCUGAUGCCAGGCCUGAGGGUGAACCGGAGGAAGUCACUGCGGACGGCGUGCUGCUUGGGUUCAACUCGAACUUCAGCUACCUGGUCCAACCGUGGACCAGUCCUGCAUCCGAACCCCUGGUAUCCGGGUCCCUGCACACUGAUCGCAUCCUCGUCAAAGCCGCUCCCGCUCGCCAACUUUUGCUUCGGUUCUCAAAGCGAAGUGUGGCAGCUCGGGGAGCGGGCCUAAGUGAUGCCGAGUACGUCGACCUCCGCACUCUCAUUACGGCUGAACCAGAGGCCUCCGCCGUCGACUUUCUCUUGACCGAUCCACUUGUUGACAAGGACCGCCACUUUGCGCGGCCGGAAUUGCGGGAGUUCCUGCAUGCCGUCGCUUCUCCCGCGCCCACCUGCUCUCUUCUUCCAGCAAGCGUGUUUGCCAUCGUCGAAGACCAUCUACUUGUGCACGGCCACAUCUCCGACUUCCAGGCGUACCAGAAGUUUGCCUCAGACGCGUCCGUCCUGCACACGCUCGUAAUGAGCCUCCAAAAGCAAGCGGAUGGUAAACUCGACCGCGCCGCGAUCGAACUUCUCAGCGUUAUGCUCGCUGUGGCCCGUCGUGCGUUCCAGCCGGCCGUCCAACGUUCCAUGUCUCAGACUGCCAGCAGCAAAGAGCCCGCUUUGUCAGAACAUCCUGAUUCUGGGAGCCCGAAUGGGCCAGCAAUACUUUAG